GGAUGGCCGAGAUCACGUGAUGCUGUUGAGUUCCGGAUUCUCCAUUCAAUCACAUAGGUCUUAGUUUACGAGUGACACAUGGAGCGUGUGUUAGGUUUAGGCGUUGGGCCACUGGCAGCUGGGACUGUGGGGCUGCUGGUUUUGCUGAAAGUGAUCCAGAGACUGAGACACAGGCUGAGUGUACAGGACAAAGUUGUGGUGAUCACUGGAGCCAGUUCAGGCCUGGGCAAAGAGUGUGCGCGGCUCUUCCAUGCGGCGGGUGCCCGGCUGAUCCUGUGCGGACGGGACCACAAGAGACUGCAGGAGGUCGUGAAGGAGCUGGGAAACAAAAACAGUGCGAUACAGACUUACACUCCCUGCACUGUCACCUUUGACCUCUGCGACACAUCUGUGGUUUCCAGCGCCGCCGAGGAGAUUUUGAAGUGCCACGGUCAUGUCGAUGUCCUCAUCAACAAUGCAGGCAUUAGCUACCGUGGCAAGAUCCUGGACACCCAUGUAUCAGUGCAGCGAGAUGUCAUGGAGACUAACUACUUCGGUCCGGUUGCUCUCACACAAGCCAUUCUGCCUUCGAUGGUGGAUAGACGCAUUGGUCAUAUUGUUGUCAUCAGCAGCGUGCAGGGAAAGAUCUCCAUACCGUACAGAUCUGCAUAUUCUGCAUCUAAGCACGCGACGCAGGCCUACUGUGACUGUUUGAGGGCAGAGGUGGAGCGGUUGGGCCUGCAGGUGUCCGUCAUCAGCCCUGGUUACAUCAGAACUAACCUGUCCAUCAAUGCAGUCACGGGGGACGGCUCGAAAUAUGGAGUAAUGGAUAAAACCACAGCGAGGGGGUCGGAUCCGGUGGACGUGGCACAUGCUGUUCUGAAAGCUGUCUGUCACAAACAGAAAGACGUUGUACUGGCUGGACUGCUGCCUGCUGCAGCCAUCUAUCUGCGCACACUGUGGCCCUCUCUCUACUUCACACUGAUGGCUUCACGCGCCAGAAAAGAAGACAGAGUGAAGGAGGAAUAAGAGAAAACUGCUUCUUUACAUCUUCCUAGUCUCAUUUUUAUGUCUAAAGGUAAAUACAUAAAAAUGGAUUUCAGUUGUUCGAUGUUCCCUGAUCCUUAAAAAACACACCAGUCCUUAGAUAAGCAGAACACACAUUCAUCAAACAAGAUUACAUCCUAUUUAAAUCAAAUCUUGGCUGGUCGUAAACAGUUUUCAUUUGCUCUUCCACAAAUGAAGGCCUUGAAAAGUCUUAAAUUAAUGAAGUUAAAAGUCAAAAAUGUCUUGUUUUACAAUUCAAAUAUCUAAACAUCCUUAAUUCAAGAUAUAUUUAUUGAAGAUGCAAAAUGAAGACAUGAAGUCUUGAUUUUUAAUAAAAUGAACAGAAUUGAAUGAGUUUAUCUUUAAACAAAAUGUCAGUAGGGAAUGCGAGCUGGUUUUAGCUUUGCAAUAAACUUGGCUCAACUAAAUAGAUAUUUCUGCUUUUCUAAAACAUAAAUUCACUUCAUUUUUUUUUUAUUUCUCAGGAAAUGUGUCAUGUCAUUUUUGAGUCUAUCUUGAUUUUUGUUUGUGUAAAAUUAAUUGGUAAUGGAAAUUUCACAUUUGAUUUUCAAACUUUGAAGUGUCUUUGAAACUCUUACAUUUACCUUCAUAAAACUCACAGAAGGCCCAUGAUAUUGUCCUGUAUUAAGUCAUUUGUUUCUUUAUCGAUUAAUUAUUAACCCAAAUUUAUUAUUAACUGACUUUUCCACUCCAUGCACCCUAUUAGACUUGGCGCAUUUUCAUUUUACCUUUUGCGUACAAUUAUAAAUCAAAUCACGUCUCCGUAGUUCCCUUUUUGUUAUAACUGAUCAUAUCAUAAUAUUCAGGUGGCCCUUAUUACAACAGGAAGUUGAAAUAAACUGGACGAUUUCUGUUUUAAUAAAGUUCUCACUUGCCUUCUGCCCCAAUUAUAUAUUACUUAAAACGUUUUCUUGACAACAA